GCCCCCUCAUUUGAUUCUGUCCAACAUUUCCCUCCUAAAACCGCCCGCUUCAACAUGGCUUCUCCUGUCAACUCCCCCACCACCAACAUCACUGGUCUAGAGACUGUUGUUGAAUCUGCCAUUGAACCUGCUGAACUCGCCGAUCCUGCCGAACCCUCAGAAAGUGACAAUGUCUCCCUAAGCUCUGGCGGAUCGGACUAUACGUCCCUUCGGUCCAGUGUCUUGGACUACGAAUAUGAGAAUGGCCGCCGCUACCAGAGCUAUCGUAAGGGCGAAUAUUUGCUGCCGAAUGACGAAGAUGAACAGGACCGGAUGGAUUUACUGCAUCAUGUGUAUAGCAUGGUGCUGGACGGCGAGCUCAAUCUCGCCCCCGUGAAGAACCCACAGCGUGUCCUGGACAUCGGCACUGGAACAGGCAUCUGGGCCAUGGACUUUGCUGAUCAACACCCCUCAGCCAAGGUGAUCGGAAACGACCUGAGCCCAAUUCAGCCGGGAUGGGUCCCCACCAAUUGCGUCUUCGAAAUUGAUGAUUAUGAGGCCAGUUGGGAGUAUAAUCAUCCCUUUGAUUAUAUCCAUGGCCGUGAACUUGCUGGCUCAAUCAAGGACAUCAAUCGGCUUGCAAAUCAGGCUUUUAAUAAUCUUCAACCUGGUGGUUACUUUGAGCUUGAUGCCAUCUCCCUAGAUGUCUUUGCAGAUGAUGACUCACUAAAGGAAAAAGGGCCCUUUACAGUCCAAAUGUGCCAAUUGAUCGGCGAAGCACAAAAGAAGUUCGGCAAGUCUAUGCAGGAUCUUGACACAUGGCCUGAUGCGUUAAAAGCAGCUGGUUUUAUUGAUGUGAUAAGUAAAGAAAUCAAGAUUCCACUCAGUCCAUGGGCCAAGGAUAAAAAACAGAAGGAAAUUGGGCGGUAUAUGAGCGCUGCAUUUGUCCAGGGUUUAAACUCCUACCUCCCAGGCAUCCUGACUACUGUGCUUGGGUGGUUGCCAUUAGAGACCACCGUCAUGAUUGCAAAAGUGCGCAAUGAGCUGGCUAAUCUGGAGAUUCAUCAGUAUCUGAAGUUGUAUAUCACUUAUGGCAGGAAACCAUAGGUAGUCUCAGCCCAGUCAGUGGUUUUUUAUGUAUUUAGGAUUGGAAGUAAUGUGCUGUUGAU